AUGGGAAUUCCAUCAGAUAAGGUACUCUUGCUCUUGAGCAAGAAGAAGUUGGACCGGAUGUGCCCCAUGGGAGUAUACGAUUCCACCGAUCAAUGCGAGUUCGUCUGUAUUGAUCCGACUUGUGACAUUCCCACACAAGUCGCUGGUUUCGAGACUACCACGAUACUCCACAAGAUCACCGACUGGGCAGAGUCGAAUCCCGAAGUGAUCGAGGCAGCUCGAGAACUGACCAACCCGACGCCUUGCUCGGUGGAUAGCCAGUUGGCAUGUACGGAUCGUUGGGAUCUGCAGCAAGCUUUUAUAGCGGCGGGAGUGAACGUACCGAGGAUGUAUCUCAUCGAGCCAAGUGCGAAUGAGAUGCCCCGGUUGAAUUACCCCCAAAUUUUGAAAACUCGUGUUGCUUGUGGUACUGUUGCAAGUCAUCAUAUGGCGGUCGUUUCUAGUGCUAAGGAGCUCGAAGAGUUCAGACGAGAGCAUCGUGAAGAUGCUGUCUGCGCUCAGGACUUCAUACCCCACGGUGGUAUAAUUUAUAAGGUAUUUGUUAUUGGUGGGGAAGUUCGAUUGGAUAUUCGCCCUAGUCUGGGUGAUGAUGCUGUCGGGAAGUCUUUUGAUUCGCAGAACAUGAAAGGGAUUGUAGUCCAGCAGAAACCUUCAGUGGAUCCCAGUGGCGUAGACAUUAACAAGGUUAAAGAUAUUGCGUUGAAGGUCGAUGGAAAACUCGGCCUGGGAUUGUUUGGUCUCGAUCUUAUAGUGGGCAGUCGUGACCAAAAAUAUUACGUGGUAGAUGUGAACUACUUCCCGACAUUCAAGGGUGUUGACGGACUGCCCAAACUAAUUCGUCAAUUGCUCUUGCAUCAGCAACAGCAGUAG